CAUAUUUUUAGGUCAUUUUAAUGGUUUUAAAUAUUUGCCAAUGCAUUGUUCUUUGUGAAUACAUACUACUAAUAUCAUACAUAAAGUGGAUGGUCUACAUAAUAAAUGAACAAAUUCCGGAAAGAAGAUCUUGCUUAAGUACCUACAGAGACAUGUAUUUAGAAGUUAUAGAAUGCUUACACCAAGUCAAUAGAUCAAUAUAUGGUUUCCCGGCAAUUUUUGUUUUCAUUGCAUCAGAAUUCGCUGAAAUCAUUGUUACUGUAUACGAAUAUUUAUUGUUUCCUAGACAUUAUAUUAAUAAGUCUUCUUUGGUUGUUUUUUUCAUAUGGAUGUUAACGAGAACAGUAAAUGUUCUAACCGUAUACAUGAUUGGUGACUCUACGGAAAAAGAGGUAAACCGGAUGAGUCUUGUCUUACAUCAACGAUCCAUAAUAGAAAGAAACCCUAGAAUUAAACGUCAGAUCAAGUUUUUUUUACUACGCAGAUUACACGAACACUACCAUUUUGAGCUGUUUGGAAUGUAUCACAUUAAUAUAAGACAACUAUUUAGUUUAUCGAGCAAAGCAAUUGGUUAUUUAGUAAUUCAAGUUUUGUUCAAAUUGAAUAAAUAAUAAACAGAUACAGUUAAAUUUUGUAAGGUUUGAUCUAUUUAUCGUAAGAUAUUAUAAUUUUAAAAGUUACCUUAUAAGUGCAGUUGUCAACCGAUAAUUCGAAAAAUUCCAUAAAUCGAUCUAAACGUUUGGUUCCCUCAAAAAACCUCUAUAAUUAGGAGAAAUAAUACUUCGAAAAGUUUGUCGGGAGUUUUUCAAUUUUAAUCGUAUAAUUUUUUCCAAAAUAAUCCUCUGCAAUAGGUAAACUGUUGUUGAAAAUAAAUAAAUUGUAGUCGGUCUAAUAUGAGUCCCGUAAAGUACAAGACGUGUCUUGUGUCACGUGUCAGUGCCAGUGAAAAAAUCUUACUAGGUUGACUUAUUUUCUUUAAUAACAUAUAAUAUAAUAAUAUAUAUUAUAUAUUAAAUGUCAAAAUAAAUGUAAAUUAAAAAAAUUAAUAAAUAAUAAAUACAAUGUAGGUACAUAUAAUAUUAUUCAAUACAAUUUUCAUUACCUACCGAGCACUCUGUAGAUCGAAAACCUCUAUAAAUCGAAAUUUAUAAGCUCGGUCCCCUGCAUUUCGAAGUUUUAUCGAGUGACGACUGUACCUACUUACAAACGUUUUAUACUUAUCUAUUGUAUUAAAUUUAAUAUAUUUUCUCAGACACCAUUUUUAAAUGAUAAUAUUAUAAUAAUAUUUUUAG